AUGGUUCUGUCCUCCACAGUGUUUCCAGCCCACUUACAGCUCCUGCACCCGACCCGGCGGUUCCAGUUUGUGGAUAUUGGGGUGACGGCACAGAUCUCGUGCACUUCUGUAGAAGAUAUUGACAACCAUGCAGCAUUAUUCAGCUGGUACAAAAGAAGAGAACACGGAAUGCCGAUUUUAAUCAAGAGUUGCCGUGAUAAAAAACGCAAAGACAGAUUUGCUUGCAAAGUUAGUCCUAACCAUCGAAACGCCGUACUGGAGAUCCUUAAUGUGCAGAGUUCUGAUUCUGGCCUAUAUCUCUGUGCCCAAAAAAAUCCUCAUGGCUUGCAUUUCAGCAAUGCAACAUCUUCACUGAUUGUUGGAGACAGUUAUACUCCGAGCACCCGAGUGAUGCUUUUGCAGCCCUCUAAGCAAGACCCAGCUUCCCAGUUCAAGAACCAACUUGUUUGUGUGGUCCAUGGCAUGUCCAACUUAGUCCAAGUGUCCUGGGACGUCUCGGGAGGUCUCCAGCAAGAGGACCAGACCUUUUUGGUGAAAAACAGCCGUGGGUCGUUAACCUUCGUCCGUGUCCUUCACCUCCCCACGGAAUCACAAUACAUUGGGAGAACCAUCACCUGUGAAGUCAAGUUCAACUCUUCCAGCACCAGUGUGAAAAAAACUGCUGCGUUCAACGCAGGGAACCUUGGAAGGACGCUAUACGGGCUCUGGAAUACCCCAUAA